AUGUUGAAAGUUGCUGCUGUAAUUGAUGAGCUCCCCCUUGGGUUGCAUGAUAAGUAUCUUUUUUGUAUUAGUCCUGUUGACAUGAAUGAUGACAUAUCCUCUCAGGGUCUUAUGCAGUUUGCACAAAAUUAUUCGAAGAAUGGCAUUGUUCGGCUUCGAGAAAUAUUUACUCCAGGAGCACUUCAAGUGCCAAAAACACAAACUGCACUAAAGGAGCUUGAAUCCAUUCAUAAGGUUUUGGAUCUCUAUGUUUGGUUGAGUUUUCGAUUGGAAGAUAGCUUCCCAGAUCGUGAACUGGCAUCUUCACAGAAGGCUAUCUGCAGCUUGUGA